UGAAAUCCAUCGCGUCGUUCAGGCUAUAGAGUGAGCAAUAUUCGAUUUUGGCGCCAAAAAUCGGCCAUUUUGUUUUUUUUUUAUUAUUUUGAUAUACCCAGUGUCGCAGUCGGGUAAAAACAGUAUCUGUUUAUUUUCAAUGUAUUUGGAAUCAUUUUUUUUUUUUUUUUUUUAUAUUUUGUCAUAUAGAUUUUAUAAUAAUCUAUUAAUAUUCUUAGAUAAUCCCGCAACGUCAUGUGUGACCGAUCAAUACGCAAAGGCGAUGGAUGCGUCGUGGCGCGAAAACAACGAACUGUCAAAAGUGCAUUGACAUGGCCUACGUGACCAAGAGCACGGGGAGGCGGGGCGGGGGCGGGGGAAGCGGUGCUGCGCGGCGCGGACGCGAUCAAUUGGCUCGAUACCUUCGAGCGAGCCAGACGUGGCGCUGCGUCCCGCUGUUGUUUACAAUGUUGGACACAGAAAUUUUGAUCAAUGCUGUCCAUGAACGUCCUAUAUUAUGGGAUAAAAGGAAUAAGUUAUAUCACAGCCGGCUUAUAUCACAAAACGAGUGGGAGGAAUUAGCGAAAGACAUUGGAACUACAAGUGAAAAGGCGAAAAAGAAGUGGAAGAAUUUGAAGGACACAUUUAUAAAAGAAUUUAAAAAAAUUUCGACGUCUACUGACUCCGACGCCAUGUUUGAGUAUACAGGCACGUGGCCACAUUUUGAAGCGCUGUCGUUUCUAAUUGAUAUUAUUAAACCUCGAAAACCAGAAGGAAACAGUCUACCAGAAAAUAAUUUGAAGAAUUUGGAUGACAAUGUGGUCAUCAAAAUAGAAGAAACUGAUAGCAACCAAGAGUCAAUGAAUUUGUUAAAAGAAUUGACACACACUUAUAACACAUUACAAGUGCCUUCGCCUCUACCGUCAACAUCAGGAUUAUCACGAAAAAGAAAAGAUAAUGGAUUUGAAGAACUCGAUACCGACAAACAGAAGAUUAAAAAGCUUCUCGAGGAGUCCCGAGACAAAACUGACAAAGACAACGCUGAUGACGAUGUUCUUUGGUAUAAAUCCUUAAUGCCGUACAUAAAACAGUUGACGCCAAUGAAAAAGUUAAACUUUAGAACACAAGCGCAGGAUCUACUGCAUAAGGAGCUAUCUAAAUCAAGCUUAUUUGAUGAUUUUACUUUUCUAAAGCACUCUGACUAGCUCUGACAGUUCAACUUGAAUAGAAAAAUAUACAAAAUGUAAAACCACAUUUAAAAAAAAAAUACUAUUGAAACAAAUAACUUACUACCCUACUACUGGGGGUCUACUCUAAUUCAACGAAUAACGAAGUUUCGUCCGAAACUUCGCAAAUUUCGUACUACAAUUCCAUUUAUUGCGAACCGUUGUGAACAAAAAUGAACAAUUGAAAUGAAGAUAAAUAAAUAGGUUUUAAUUUGAAAUUAAAAAUAAAACGUUAUUUUAAGUAAUAUCAUUAGUAAAUCAAUAAAACCUACGGCCGAAAAAUAAACGAAACUUCGGAUUCGAGAACCGGAGUAGGCCCCCUGUAAUCUUAGUCCUUUACGUGGAACGAAAACGCGUCUGGUGUUCCGAUUCGCAAGUGCGAAUAAUUCCACCAAUCAGAGCGCCGACCGCGCGCUCGUUUCGUUCAAAUUAAACAUAAAGUAAACUCGUACUAAGGGUACUGAUCAGAUAUUUCUUUGUUCUUAUCUUAAAGUCACCAUCAAUCAUUAUUGUACAGUCAUAUGUCGCUGGACAUUAGUACUUGUUAAUAAUUGCAAAACAGAUUUUAUUGCUUCUACAAUUGAAUAGCAAGGGUUGACUCCGUAACUACUCAUACAAAUUGUGUAAUUCCCCAUAUAUUUAUAUAUAUCUUUCUAUUCUAAGUAGAUGUUAGUGGUGGCUGCAUGAAACGAUUCAAAUGUACGUAGAACAUAGCAUUUUUUGUCUAAUCCAGAAUUGAGUGAAGUAAAAUAAACGUAUAAAAAUAAAA